GUGAAUGUAAGAAUCGUGAAGAAUUCAAGUUAAAGUUUUAUAAAUAAUUUCUUAUUUUAUUCACGUCCAAAACACUUUAAUUUAAAUAUAUAUUACAAAAUGAAACUUCCAGUAACAAAAUAAAUAUCAAAAGUAUAUAAUUCAACAUAUAUAAGUACGAUAAAUGGAAAGAAUGUAUUGAGGUUAAUCGAAAGCGCGCGUAACGAUCUACGUUCCUGAUUUAACGAUAACUGUUGCGUUAAACUAGUUAAAUGAUCCUUCACUGUGUUCGGAGUCCUGAUUGAAUCACUGAUUACAGUGCAUUCUAAAAAUAGAAUAGCAGUCUUAGAAUGAACUAUCUUUCUGUGUGAAAAAAUCUAUGAGGGCAAGUUCACACAAUACUCACCGGCAGGUGCGAGUGUACCCAAGAGCGCGUAAUCCAAAUGCUAAUGAAUUCAUUACAGAGAAUCAUUACAAAAGAAGAAAAAUAAAUCAGAGGAUUUAACUGUGUGGUAAAGAGAAUUGUAUAAUAGCUAAGAAGUAUCACACGAGGUGGUUUAAGCAUCAAUCCGAAAGCCCUUGCCAUAAAUUUCCCUGGAAAAUCCUGACCCUUCACGCGCAGGAGCAUACCAUGCAAUUAUGUGUAUGUAUGCAUCUGACACCACAUAGAAACAUAAUGUCUCUCGGAUUUUUAAACGAUAUUAAGAAAAAUCUUAUUGUCCUUUCGAAUCCGGAGUCGAUCGUUACGUUAGAAAGAGGUCAUUGAACUCGGAAGAUCGAGCCACCCGUUCUCUGAGCUCGAUGUACGGGUCAAGACGAAAGAGAGAGUAGGAAAAAUGGGUGGUAGGAGUAACGAAGAGGAGGAGAACGAGGAAUAAAAUGAAAAAAAAAAAAAAAGAAACAAAAACCAAAAAAAAGGAAACGAAGUUAUGAAAAGCUAAGCCCGGUCAGUGUGGUGUGGUGGUGGAAGGAGUGCUUGAUAAAGUAAGCAAAAUUAAAUAAUUACAAAAACUAAUUGGUAAAAUAAAAAAGUAAGGAGGAAUCUUCCUCGAUAAGUCUAAACUAUCUAGUUGGAUAGCUAAAUGCCUUUGCUAACUGAUGAUGGAACAUAGCAAAAGUAUAAUCUAGGAAGUUAGAGGAGCGUAACUCGCAUUGACGUUUACCACGCGGAGAAGAGCCGUGUACGAGAGACCAGCCAGGGAGUUAGAGUAACAGAGAGGGAGUGAGAAAGAUAGAGGAAGAGGGGGAAGGCUCGUGUACAAACCGGGACGGGGACGCAACAGUCGCUCGGCGCACUUUGUGCUGGAAUCAUCGACGACGAUGCCACUCUUAGAUAAUAGAUCUGACGUUUCGUGAUUAUUCCUAUAUUAAUUAUUACCAUCAUUCACACUGAUAUCAUUCGUUCAUUCCCUUUCCAUUAUUUUACUAUCAUUUUCAUAACAAUCACGUCUACCUUCAUUAUCGUGUUACCACUUGAAUCGUGAACCAGGAAGGCAAGAGCACCGUUUCCCCCCCAUUCAUCAAACCUUUCGUUCAGCCGGUUGCUGACCGUGUUGAAGAACGCAUAGUAGGUGCAUACGCACGUACGAACGAACGAAGAAUACGAUUGAAUGAAGUAGACGGACAUUUAAUUGUGAAGAGGCGUAGGAAGAGGUACUGAAAGAGGAACAGAAUAUAAACGUGAACUAGGUGGCCAAGUGUUUCGUCGUCAUCAUCGUCGUCAUAAGAUCUGUGUAUUAAAGCAAAAUCAAUCGUCGUUUCAACAUCACGAAAAUAUGCAGAACAUUUCUUUUAAGAAUUCUUCCGUCAAACUGGGUUUACAGCGCAUUUGUAAAUGGCGUUUAUGAGAAAACAAACAAAGUGGACGGAAUCAGAAGAAAUAAGUCUGGCUUAGUGUCGCCGACCCCGAAUCGUCGAAUAUCCGUAAAUAUUUGCUCGCUGGAAAAAAGUUAAGUAAGUCUAACCGUCAGCAAUGGCAACGACAGCGUCAACCGAAGGGAUGGAGUUACCAAAAGAUAUCCCUCAGAAAAGAUUCAUCAACACGAAUCUGAUAUCUUUGAAAUGUCUGUUAUUCCUCUUUUUUGGAGGAUUAGGCAGUCUCUUUCCAUUUCUUCCGCUGCACAUGCAAGAAAUGGGAUUGAGCAUAGAAGAGAUACGACUGAUCUCGAUGAUUUCGCCAAUCGUAGCACUUCUUGGACCACUUGUCGCCGGUCCGAUAGCAGAUAAACUCGCAGGACAUCAAGGAAAAAAUGAAAAAUCAUCGACUGGUCGCUACUUAAGAGUAAUGAUAGCUAUUUGUUGCGUCCUCUCAGCCGUCUUCUACGCAGCCUUGCUGCUCUUGCCGUCCGUUACCAAAACGGAAUCAUCAACAGUCACGGACAAAAUUGAAACACCUAACAAUCCAGGUUUAAAAUUCAGUUGCGACGAAAAUGGUGCGAUAGUACAGCAAGAGAGAUGCAAGGAAGAUAUGGGUUGUCAUCGUUGGUCUGACGAGGACAAGAUAGGUGCAUUGCUUUUAGAGAACUGUAAUUACGCUUGUUAUCCGAUCGCGACGAAACGAUGGCAAUCAUCGGAAUUCGAGGAAGAAUCCACGUCUGAUCGGACUGUUGAGCCAGAAAUCGAUGAAGAAGGUAGUGCUGAUGUUACCGUUACUCCUUUAGAUAUUGGAGGGGAUUACGAUGUUCAGGAUUUAGAAGGGUCCAAAAAAAUCCGUAGAUUUAUAAUACCCGCAAACGAACCACCACACCUUUGUUUCAAAGACGGCGACAACGUGGUUUGCCACGUGUACACAGAGUAUUCCGAAGAUUUAUCAUUAAACAUUAGUUUAAAACAAGCUAUUAAUGCGGAAGAUAGAGAAGCUUGGUGCGCGUAUCCUAUUACGGAAUACUUCGAUUGUCGUAUACCACCUGAACUUGAGACGAGAAUGAUUGAAUACAAUAAAACUUGUGCGAUAGAAUGCGACUUAAAGGAUCCUUACGUUACUCCUGGUAGCAUAUUAGCUGAGAGUCAAUGCUCACAACCGUCCGGGCUCGCUGAGUUAACAUUUUGGACUUAUUUAGUAAUUCGAUCGAUUGCUGAUAUUUUUCCAACAACUGCUGUAGCCUUAGUCGAUGCAGCAAUUGUGAUAGCAACUCGAGAAACUUCUUCAGGUCGCGGAGACGUUGGUCGACAAUUAGCAUUCGGUUCUCUUGGAUUUGCCAUUUUCGGUCCACUCACUGGUUAUCUUAGUAAUCUUUUACAAGGUGCUAAUAGGAUUUAUUAUCUACCAAUCUUAAUUCACGCCGGACUGAUGCUUCUCGUAGCAAUAGUUGCUUUAGCAGCGAAUAGUAUGCCACUUAGUCCACCCGAAUGGUGGUGGCAUACUAGAAGUGGAAUGUUAGCCUUGCCUUUAAGCGCUAUCAAAAGAUAUGGUAGCGAGACUGCUGCUCUUGUCAUUGUCCUUGUUGUAAUGGGUAUCUUCUGGAGUGCUAUGGACAGUUAUUUACCUCUAUAUCUCCAAAGGCUAGGAGGUGAUGGAUUAUCUAUUGGUGUUGCUAUGACUGUUGGAGCAGUCCCUGCAUUUCUAUUUCUUUGGAAGUCAGAACAUCUCGUUGAUUACUGUGGUCAUAGUAAUUUACUCAUCACUGCCUUUACUGUUUAUAUUAUUAGAUUUACUGGACUGAGUUUUGUCGGAGGACCAUGGUGGUCAUUAAUUUCCGAAGGUUUAGAAGUAUUCACAUUAGGUAUCAUGUGGGUUACUGCAAUUCUUUACUUGAGACAUCUCGUCCCUCGUCAUUUAACAGUAACUGCUCAAGCUUUGCCUGUGAUUGCUCACUUUUGCAUUGGUCGAUGCAUCGGUGCUGUAAUUGGAGCUUACAUAAAUAUCGAAAAUGCUAGUGCAGUUGAUUCGUUGAGAUUUGUAUUCCGUUGCAUGGCCGUUGCUGCAGCAAUCGUAGCUGCAUCGUACUUUAUACUUUAUCACGGGUUAUUAAAACCACGAUGCCAUGCUCAAACUGUUCAAGGCCCAAGACAACCGCCCUCAAUUGUAUUAGCAGCCAUGAAUGGAAAUGGUAAUUAUACACCAUUGAGGGUUUAUCAUAAUGGUAUGGGUAGAAAAGGUCAAUUCAGAUAUUAAAUACUGUGUAAAAAAAAAAAAAAUAUAUAUAUAUAUAUAUAUA